CACGUGACGCCAGGUCCCUUCCUUCCUCAGACCAACCAACAGUCGCCGAGUACUUUCUAGUGAGAGCUAGAAAUGAUGAAAUUCGAAGAAAUCCACGUUGCUGAUGUUUUCCUAAGACAUAUAUAAGUAAAACUCCUGCGAACGUUUAAACCUUAAGCUAGCGGCAGCAUUGUCCAAAUAACUGAGGAGAAGGAAGUGCUGUAACAAUCGCCUGAACUAACAGUUGUUAGCAUUAUGCACAACAGACGGAGGGGAUCCCAUCUGGGCCUGCUGCUCCUGGCCUUCCAGCUGUUUCAGGUGGGUCUGGACAACAUCCCUCCUGUCACUCUGGGCGUCCUGGCUCUCAACGUGUACCUUUACCUCUUCCCUGCUGCCCCACUGAUGCAGACCUGUGUGAGCGUCUACCAAGCAUACUGGUAUGGACAAUGGUCUCGACUCCUGAUGUCCCCGUUCCACCACGCGGACGACUGGCAUCUGUACUUCAACAUGGCGUCGUUCUUGUGGAAAGGCAGCAGGCUGGAGCGGCAGCUGGGAGGAGGCUGGUUCUUCUACGUGCUGUCGGUCUUCUCUCUGCUCACUGGGGUGGUCUAUCUGGUGCUGGAGGCUCUGUUAACGGAGCUCACUCUGGACCAGUCCUACAGCAUGACCUGCGCUGUUGGCUUCUCGGGUGUGCUGUUUGCUCUGAAGGUGCUCAAUCACCAUUACUACCCUGGAGGUGUGACCUAUGUGAUGGGUAUACCUGUUUCCAAUUCCUAUGCCAGCUGGGUGGAGUUAGUGCUGAUCCAUCUGACAUCACCUGGGACCUCUUUCAUCGGUCACCUGUCAGGUAUCCUGGUGGGUCUGCUCUACACCAGAGGGCCGCUGAAGAAAAUCAUGAAGAAAUGUGCAGAGAUUGUGACAUCAAGUGGACAUUGGACAGUGGACGGUUCACGGUCCAGUGGAUACUUCAACUCUUCAGGCGCUACAGGCUACAGAGGCCCUAGUAGUGGAAGACACUCGGGCAGUCAUCAGAACGCACCAGGUUACACAACACGUCCCACAGCGUCUUACACAGGUGGACUGACGGAGGAGGAGCAGUUGGAAGCCGCCAUCAGAAACAGUCUGAACGACAGAGGUGGAGCCAAUCAGAGAAGAGCUCCUCCUCCGUAUGGUUUCCACCUCUCUGAGGAAGGGACGGCUGAGGAAAUCAGGUGGAGGAGACUGCAGAGGUUUGACAGAUGAACUGUCAGGCAGAGAGGAGGAGGAGGAGGAGGAGGAGGAGAGGAGGAUGUAUCAGUGACAAGACUCAAGAGGGUCCGGUCCAAACGCUGCUUCCAUAGGAGGGAUGAGGAGGUACAACCACUCAGCCUGACACAGAUAACAGCUCCUUUAGAGUCUGAUCCUUAACGUUAAGGCGUCUCUGAGCUUCAUCAGCAUGUCAGCUAUGGAAAGUUAUGCUGGAGAGGAAGGCGCACAGUUUCUGAUUUUGGAAUCUGGGGAUGAUGAGACGUAUUAUUACCUUUAAAAUAGCUUAAAGUAAAUCUCAAUAUGUCCUAAUACCGUGUUACAAGCAAUCUCAGUGCACUUGUUUUUCUGCUUACAUGAGCUCAAGACAAAACAUCAUUCAUUUCCCUCAUUAGAACUACAUGACAUGUCAUAUUCAGUAUUACUAUCACUUCUGUAUUAGUCAAAGCUGAUAAUCUUUUUCUCUUUUUACAAGGACAAUAACCGCUUCUCUCUCAAAUUGCAAAAUUAUUAUGAAAUAAGAGACUUUUAACAACAGGAUGAAACAAUAGAUAAUUAUUCUCUAAUAAGCCUCUUAAAUUGACCCAUCACCUCCUCAAACUGUGAAUAGGAAGCCAAACUGAUAGGUCUUUAUACUUUUAUUACUACAAGUACAGAACUGUCAUAAAGAACUCCUAUCUCAGGACAGGGGUUAAUGAAUGUUUUCUUGGUGUAUUUCAGAAGGGUCGCAUGGGGCUGUGUAUUGGCACAUUUGUAAUAAAAAUGCUUUUUUACUGCA